GAAGCUCCUCCCACUGCAGUUCAGCAAUAAAUGCUGGAAUAUUCCCAUCAGUCUACAAGUGAAGACGAGCAUCAGAGCAUCAGGAAGAAGUGAAAUCUGCAGAGACAGAGUUUAUUGAAGGACAGAGAGAACAUGAGAGAUCCAGAACCCUGCAGAAUGAAACACACUGAAGAACAAACAGAUCUAAUGGAGGAGAAAAAACAGUCAAAAAAUGUCAAAACUGGAGAAAAAACUCACUCACAGUCUGAAAGUAUUUCUUUACUGAAAAGAAGAAACAAAAAAAGGUUCACCUGCACUCAGUGUGGAAAGAGUUUCACAAACAAACACAGUCUCAAAGUUCACAUGAGGAUCCACACUGGAGAGAAACCAUUCACAUGUGAUCAGUGCGGGAAGAGAUUCGGACAACGAGGACACCUUAAGGACCACAUGAACAUCCACACUGGAGAGAAACUGCAUGCAUGUGAUCAAUGUGGAAAAACAUUUUUGUGGGCUUCAGGCCUGAAGGAUCACCUGAGAGUUCAUACGAAGGAAAAACCACAUUCAUGUUCUUUAUGUGGAAAGAGUUUUUCACAUCUGCAGAAUUUAAAAGUUCAUCAGAAAAGACAUGCUGGUGUGAGAGAUCAUAUGUGCUUUGAGUGUGAGAAGACUUUUAUUACAGCUAAAGAUUUGAAACAGCACCAGAUGAUCCACACUGGAGAGAAACCUUACAAGUGUUCACACUGCGACAAGAGAUUCAAUCAGUCAGGAACCCUGAAAUCACACGAGAGGAUCCACACUGGAGAGAAACCGUAUCACUGCACUGCAUGCGGGAAGAGUUUCGCUAAAUCAUCUUCUCUUCACUCGCAUACAAAAAACAAUCACCGAGAAUGAGGAGAGUGAAGAUCAGAAACAUCAUCAAAGAAGAAACCAGAAAAGGUUCACCUGCACUCAGUGUGGAAAGAGUUUCACAAACAAACAGAGUCUCAAGAGACACAUGAACAUCCACACUGGAGAGAAACCGUACACAUGUGAUCAGUGCGGGAAGAGUUUCACACGAUCAGAAAACCUUAAGGACCACAUGAACAUCCACACUGGAGAGAAACUGCAUGAAUGUGAUCCUGAGAAAACAUGAGAGGAUCCACACUGGAGAGAAACCGUAUCACUGCACUGCAUGCGGGAAGAGUUUCAGUCAAUCAUCUUCUCUACACAGUCAUAAAAUAAACAAUCACAUUAAGUAGUUCAUCUUCUUUCAAGUGCGACAUUGCAUCUCUGUCUGCCUUAAGCAGCGACAUUAAAAAAAUAAAAAUAAAUGCAUUUGUAACAGUGAAGACCAGCAGUUUUAUUUUUGAUUAUGCUUUAUUAUGAGUUUAAUUUUAUGCUCUCAUGAGUCAUAUUUAUCACUUGUAGUUUGUUUAUACUUUUAUGAAGGUUUAAACUGUUCUUGUUCACGAAGCUGAAAAGAAGUUGAUUUAUUUUUAUUUAAUCUUCAAUGCUGUUUUUACAACAACUGGUUAUUCUUCCACUUGGGGUGUAUUUUAGAAAAUGUAGAUGUAAGAUAUACUGUAAUUUAGCUUUGCAUC